AUGAGGAAAAAAGAAAGAAGUGAAAUGACUGAAGUGACGCCGCUGAAAGUCCCACUCGCUACGGGGGCUCCAACGCCGCCGGCUUCCUAUCCUCCUACAAAGGUGCCGGUAAAAAUGCCUUACGUGUUGCCCAAGCCACCGUUUGCACCGGUGGUGCCAAUGAGGCCACCCGCACCGAGGCUCAAAAGAGACGGCGAUGAUGGUGACUUGGCGGUCCCAGGAAUUGCAGACGCCUCCAAGAGGUCCCGGGUGGAGGAUCGCGAACGGCGGGGCCGAGCGAUGUCGGAAAGCAGCAACAGCGAGAGCAGCAGCAACAGUGAUAGUGAUGAUGGCAGCGACAGCGACAGUCACAGUAGCAGCAGUGGAAGCAGUGGGGAUGGUGAAAGUUUUUCUUCGUCUACAGAAGGUUCCGGCAGCGACGAAACGCGUUCUGGUGAUGAACUCACUCUGUUUGAGAUUGCGAAGGCAAGGGGUCUUGUCGAUGAACGCGUCGAUAAUAAUAAUAAUAAUAAUGAGGAGGAGGAGGAAGUGGCACCUGUUGGGCCGCCACCGCGUCCGCCAAUUGUGCGCUCCUUUCCAAAUAAUGUGGAUUUGGCUCUGCAGCGCUACGAAGAGCGCCUAAAUCGUGAGGAGAACAUGAUUCGCAUUAAGGAUGACAAUAAGGCUGUCUCUCUAGGCACCAGCAAGGUCAACUACAUCGACCCCCGCAUCGUGUGUUCAUGGGCAAAAGAAUACAACGUACCCAUAGGGAAAAUAUUUUCCGCAACGCUUCAAAAAAAAUUCCCGUGGGCGAUGGGGGCGGAGAAUUUUUCCUUUUGA